AUGUACAAGCGCCCUGCGCUCGACCAGGUACUGCGUGCUAGUCGUGGUGCGGGAUGGGCUUGCUGGCCGUCGUGGUGGCAACGCUCUGCUCGGGACGGUGCCCGUACGGCCGCUGGCGAUGACGGAUCAACCUUCCCGCGAGAUGCGGCCGAAUCUUCCGUGCCUGAGGCAUGCCGUGGCGUCGGUGGCGAGGCCUUGAAUUUGUCAUCAUUCGCCAUCCUAUGCUCUCUCGUCGGCUCGCCACCUCCGACCGACCUUCUCUUCCUCUUCAACCAUCUCGUCUCUGCUCCCUGGCAUCGCCAGCAGCCGCCCGCACGCCAUCGUCGAACCCGUCUCCAUGCUGGCCGGCGGCGGAGACGGCGGGCCUCGACGGCCGAGUCGCCGCAAGGGCAAGUACCGGCCAUCCGUCCCGUCAAUGAAUCGGGUGCCUCCGCUGACUCGACGGGCCAGCCUGCGACUUGUGCUGCACAAAGAAGAUCAAGUGCGACAUGGUGCUGCCGACCUGCUCCAACUGCCUCCUCUACAAGGCGGAAUGCCGCACCAGCAUCGCCCGCCGCCGAGGCGUCCCUCCCCGGACGAAGCCGACGGCCGGGGUGCCGCCUGAGCCGCCGACGCCGGGGUGCGUUCCUCUCCCCUCCGCCCUCCGUCCCCCUGGCUCGUGCCUCCGCUGAGAGGGACCCCAGCCCCGCCGCUGCGGGCACCGUCGAAGGCAGGCUCUCGAGGAUCGAGAGGCAGCUGCAGCGCAUCAUCCGCCUCUCCGCCGCCGCGACGGAGCCGAGACGCGCGCCGACGGACCUCCUCCCGCCGGCCGACGAGGACGACGACGCGUCGAUGCCGACGACGGCGACGAGCCCCGACGCGGCGUCGAGGACCGACCGCCGACCGUCGACGUCGACCCCCCUCACCUCCCUGCGGCCGUCCUCGGCCUCGCUGCCCUCCGCCGACGAGCUUCCCCUGCCGCCGGCCGAGGAGAUCAUGCCCAUCGUCGACCACUACUUUUCCGUCUUCAGCCUCGUCGUGCCCCUGUUUGACCGGGCCUCCUUCGUCGCCCUCCUCGACCGCUGGUACCGGGAGGAUGACUUCCGACGAGACAGGGCCGCCUGGGCCGCCAUCCAGGUCGUCCUCGCCCUCGCCCUGCGCACGCCGACGCCCGACGGACUCCAGGACGGCAGCGGUGCCCAUCGCUUCCGCGCGGCCAAUCUCUACCUCGGCAACGCCCAGUCGGUGCUGUCGGAGCUCGUCACGCGCGACCGGGACCUGCUUGGCAUCCAGGUCCUGCUCGGCCUCGUCCUGCUCUUCCAGAACAGCAGCGACACGAAGCCGGCGAGCGUCAUCAUCGGCACCGCCGUGCGGCUCGCCCACCGCCUGCGCCUUCACUCGCAGGAUUCCGUGCCCUACUUUACGCCCGAGGAGAACCUGCAGCGGUCUCGCGUCUUCUGGAUAGCCUACGCGCUGGACAAGGUACGUCGCCUCGUCGGCCCGCCCGCCCGUGCCCGUGCCCGCCCGCCCGCUCACGCUCGCCUCGAGGACAUCUCGCUGCGCAUCAAGGCGCCCUCGGUCCAGAUGGACGCCGACAUCGACGUGCCGCUGCCGUCGCUGACCGUCUCGGACGGCGCCGGCCUCCUCUGGACGCCCGACGGCCUCACCCACAUCAACUUCCACCGCCUGCGCGUCGACCUGGCCCACGUCGAGGGCCAGGUCUACGACCAGCUCUACUCCAACCGCUCGACCAAGGCGCCGCCCGACGAGCGCCGCCGUCGCGCCGCCGACCUGCAGCGCCAGCUCGAGCAUUGGUACCGGCGCAUCCCGACGGCCUUUCGCGUCGAGCACGUAGCCUCGACGCUCAAGCCGUGCGAGGUCAUCAUGAUGACCAAGAUGCACUACGCCUACCUCCUCGCCACCCUCAACACGCACGGGCUGCACGGCAACAACGCCGACUGGUUCGCGCGGUGCGCCUCGCCCGACGCCGACGAGCUUCGUGCCUUUGUGCGCGCCAUGGACGCCCACACCUCGGCCGCGCCCCUGCCCGGCGACGACGCCGACCCGCGUUUCGUCGGCGCCUGGAGCCACUGCGUCGAGCUGAGCCGCGCCUGCAUGAAGCUCUUUGAGCAGUCCCCGCCGACCGAGUGCCUUGUCUGGCAAUGCUGCUGCCCUCACAUGUCGGCCCUGACGACCCUCCUCGCCAACCUGCUCGUCAACCCGACGCACGAGUUUGUGUCCCUCGACCAGCAUCUCGCCACGAGGGCCGUCCAGCUGUUCGACAGCCUCAUCGAGCUCGCCCCUUCCGAGUCCGUGCAGAAGAUUCGCAACAUGGCGGGCGACCUGUACGGCAGGGCGUUCGAGGCCGUGGCCAAGUCGACGGCGAGCGCCGACGCCGACGCCGACGACGUCGGGGACCUCGGCUUCGACCCCAACGCCUUCACCUCGCUGACGGAAUGGAUGACGGGCGGCGCCGGCGCCGGCGAGUUGAUCGCGGGCGAUCCGCUGAAGCAGAUGCCGCAUUUCCCCCUCAACAAUUUCGACUCGCCUGCCUGGGACGGCUUCUCCCCCAUGGCCCAAUGGGCGCCGCUGUACGAUCCUGCCGGGACUGUGCCGACCGGGGGCCCGACCGUGUGA